AUGCCGCGCACUCGAUCCGCCGCUCCCUUGAGGGCAUCGCCGCAAUCUGCUUCAGCCUCCUCUUCAGAAUCCGACUUACGACCUCAAAAGCCCUCAUCCCCAACGAAUCCGAACAAAACCUUCAUUCUCCCCUCCACCGCAAGCGCCGACGCCCGCUUCCUUACGCUCCCGAAUCCUCAAACAAACGAACCCACCCGCUACUUCUUCUGCCCGAAAGAGGGUGUCUACGAAUUUACCUCUAUCACUUCCACAUCCUCCUCUCCACGAAGCAUUCUCUUCGCGCGCCACCUCACGCCCGAUGAUUCUACUCCUUCUACCUCGUCUUCGCAAAAUGAUACCAUCGAAGCCUCUCCAUUCCAACCGCAAGUGGGGACGUCAACCCUAUCUCUACUUUCCCAGAACGCAUCCAUCCACGUUGCCACUCCUCUCGACUUCAUCUUCUUCCUUAUCCCCCUUCUAAUGACAGCUAAAGCCACUCUCUACCAACCCCUCGAUGAUAUCAUCGACUCCAUUCAGGACGAACUCGCUCCGCAUCUACGCUUCGUCCUAUACAACGAGACCUUCCGUGAUACUGUCCACACGCGCGCAGCUGCGAUCUGUGAUGCCGUCGAAGCAGGCGAUGAGAAGUUGUUCCGGUUCAGCGAAAAGAAGCUGCUGUUGGAGUUGCUGGGCAAAGCUGAGAGGAUACUUGCGGCCAAUAGCGGCAAGCUGCCACCCAGUCUGGAGGAGAAGUUUGUGAGGAGUGCGUUGGCGAUGCCAUUGAUGGGGCUGAAAAGGGCUACCUCUGCUGUGAAAGUCGAGGUCGUUGUUCCGAACGGCGAUGGGGAAAAUAAAGAGAACGAGGCUGACGGCGGGAAGAAUGCCGAGGGUGCUGAGGAUCUUGAUCUUGAAAAGACGACAGCUUCUGCCGCUACCGCUACUGCAGAGACAGAUGAAAUUCUCCCUGAGGGGCCAUCUACCCCCGAUGGCGUGGCAGAGCUUCUCCGGAUAUCUACCGCGCUGACCUUCAUCAAGGAGUCAUACCUGUCGAAAUCUAUGGGUGCGAAAGUUGAUGAGAUGCUGGCCGCUCCUGAUGCGCCUAAGGAUUUCGAGCCCAUGCGGGAACAUCUUGAGCUUGUUGCGAAGUUGAGGCAGGAAGCGCUGGCAGCACGGUCGCUGGGUGAUUUCAGUCGGAAGCGCAGUGCGGAGGAUGAGGAGGCAGCAGAGUCGCGGGCAGAGAAGAAGAGACGGCAGGAGGAAGAAGAGAAGAAGAAGAAAGCUGGUGAGUCAAGGGGAGUAAGGGACUUGAAGAAGGUCAACACCACGGGAAUGAAGAAGAUGAGUGAUUUCUUUGGAAGAGCAGCGGCAAAGAAGAAAGCCUGAGUAAUCUCAGCCGAGCCUUUGUCUCCCUUGGAG